ACUAGAGCGCACCAGCUCUCCUCGCAAACGGGGGCCUCUAGCUCCCCUCGAAAUCCUGUGAAUCCCGAGCAUCGCUCCUGGAAAAGAAUUUCUGCUUGGAAAUUGAAUGGCUUCUAGGAAGAUGACCAUCCGUGUUGUUUUGGACACUAACUAUGCUGAGCUGGUUCUAGAUGUGGGAAAAGUCACUUUCGGGGAGAAGAAUAGAAAAAAAAUGAAAGAUUGUCAACUGAGAAAAAAGCAGAAUGAAAACGUCUCACAAUCUGUGGUUGCUUUGCUGAAUUCUGGAGGGGGCGUGUGCAGGGCUGAAAUUGAGAAUGAAAACUAUAGUUAUGAAAAAGAUGGAAUAGGAUUAGAUUUGGAAAAUUCUUUUGCCAAUAUUGUUUCGUUUGUUUCUAAAUACUUAGACUUUAUGCAGCAAGGUAAAUAUUUUCUGAUUUUUGUCAAAUCGUGGAGCUCAGAAACCUCUGGGUUGAGGAUUGCCACCUUGAGCUCCAAUUUGUACAAAAGAGAUAUAACCUCUGUAAAAGUCAUGAACGCUACCGCUGCACUGGAAUUCCUCAAAGACAGGUUAGAAACUGGAAAGAGAUCUUCUUUAAUACCUGAAUCACCUCCAAAGAGGUACUGUUUUGAUGUACAAGAAGAAAGUAGCAUGAAGGCCUUGGCUGCUGACUUUUUUAAUAGGAUGCAACUCACGUACAGAGAAAAACUCACCUUUACUGAAUCCACACAUGUUGAAAUGAAAGACUACUCAACAGAAAAGUUGUUACAACGCAUUAAAGAUAUUCUCCCUCAAUAUGUUUCUGCAUUUGCAAAUACUCAUGGGGGAUAUUUGUUUAUUGGUUUAAGUGAAAAAAAACAAGAAGUAACUGGCUUUAAAGCAGAGAAGAGUGACCUUGACAAGAUAGAAAAAGAAAUAGAACAAUGCAUUAGCAAGUUGCCUGUCUAUCACUUAUGUAUAGAGGAGAAGAAGAUAAAUUAUUCAUGCAAAUUCCUUGAAGUAUAUGAUGAAGGAAGUCUUUGUGGUUACGUCUGUGCGCUCAAAAUAGAGCUAUUCUGUUGUGCAGUGUUUGCCAAAAAUCCGAAUUCCUGGCAUGUGAAAGAUAAUCAAGUGAUGCAGCUGACCGUGGAGGAAUGGGGCCAUUUAAUGCUGGAUCUUGAUUUAUCAAUGCCAUCAGAAAAGGUGACAUAUGUUCCAGAAAUCCUCUAUGAGAAACUGUUCUCACAACACAAAGGAUUUGCACAGUUAAUACAUAAUGAAAUAGGCUCCGUUCAUCAAGUUACAUUGAUGUUUUCUAAGAGCUGGUCUUUGGAUCUGGGCUUGCAAGAGAACCAGAAAGUCAUCUGUGAUGCACUUCUAAUUGCCCAGGACCAUCCACCAGUCUUAUACACCUUCCUCAGGGAACGUAAUAAGGAAUUAAAAGGUUAUUCGAUACAAACUGCCUUAACUUUAAAGAAGAAACUCGUAAAAACUGGUGGUUACAGUGGGAAAGUGUGUGUCAUGACAAAGAUCUAUCUGAGUGAAGAAUCUUCUACAUUGACUGAAGGCAAUAUCCGACUUCUUCAUGAUUCAAGCUUAUCUGCAAUUUACCCUAAGUCCUACACUCUUACAACUCAAACAAUGAGUGAAUUGAAGAAGGCCCUUUUUAUAGUCUUGAAGACACUCGGAACUUUGAAUGACCAAUUUGACUCACAUUUCUCAACACCUCCCAGAUAA